AUAGAUGGCUUCACGGUCAACCAAGUGAUUCUCCAAGAUGAAUGCUCAAGGCUGAUCGCGGAGACGGAGAAGAUGGGUUAUUCUUUCUGGAAUCCUGACAGCACAAGAACAGACUACAGGAACGCAGACACGAUCGAGAUCAUCAAUGAAAAGUUUGCGCAAGAUUUGUGGUCGCGCAUCAAGCACCUCGUCGUGCCCUGUGUGACCAUAUCUCCGGGAGAGAGCAGAUGGUCCCGUGAGCUGGAGGGCACAUGGGUGGCAGUGGGUCUGAAUCCUAACAUGUUGUUCAAUCGAUAUCACCCCGGCGGUCACUUCUCCCCUCACACGGACGGCUACACCAUUAUUGACUUCAACACGCGGUCCAUGUACUCAGCGCUGUUCUACCUCAACGACUGCCCCAAGGGAGGUGCGACGAGGAUGAUGGAGGAGUCAGGAGAUGCGCUCGGCGAUCACGUGCAGGACAGUGAGGGCAGGCAUCGCUUCGAAGACCACAGGAUACGCUCGAGCGUGUCUCCGAGAGCAGGCAGCGCGCUCUUCUUCUUUCAGGACACGCUGCAUGAAGGCGAGCCGGUGGGGGAAGGGUGCAUGAAGUACAUGAUUCGCUCGGACAUCCUCUACCAGAGGGACCCGAAGAUCUUCGAUGAGCCCAACGACCGGGAGGCCUACCGCGUCUUCCGUGAGGCGGAGCUGGCGGAGGCAGGUAUUCACUGCAGCGCGCUGAGACUGUUCAAGGAGUGCUGCAGGCUUAGCCCGGGGCUGGCUGCUGUCUACGGCUUGUAG